AUGAGCAUCUUUCAUUCCGAUCCUAUCCUAGUUCAUCUCCGAGAGGAAGCCAUUAAUCGGGAUGAAUGGGCCUCAACUAGGUUCUUUUCGCGAUACUUCGCUCGACAUAUCUUCUCCGAGAUUGAGUGGAUUCACGGCACCGAGGUGCCUCCUCGAGAGCACCAUUCUCAGUUGCGGAUGGAUAUUGCUGUCCAACACUAUUCGACUGGCCAGAGAACGUUGAUGUUUCGGUUGAUUGGGCAGGCAAAGAAAGGACGCGCUACUCCAGCGAAAAUCGUCGAGGUCGAAACUCAGGCCUACCAAUUAUGCCAAGCGUACAUGAUCGACAAGAGUAUACGAUCAGUCUGGGCAAUAACCUACUUUGGUUCCAAGGCUCGUUUGGACAUCCUUGAGUUCGAAACCGAGUUUCUCUGGGCAUUUCAGAAGAUCAAGGCCAUUGCUGUACCAGACCCCGAAAGCUUCGACGAUAUCUAUGCCGAGGAAGGGAACACCACAGUCACACAAACCCUUGCUGGCUCAUCCUACAAUCAAUCUUCCACUCAGGCCUACCAUCUCGAUGGAUCUUCAGCGCAGUCCUAUGAUGCAUCCAUGGACGUCGAUACGGAGCCGACUUCCGCGUUCACUCGCACAGUCAACGGAAGUGAAUAUAGUUCCGUGCAAAUUUCCAAGGUCGCAGACGGUUGGACUACUCUUAGGCUCAAAAACGGCAGCAAAGUAUCUGUUCGCUGCAGCAAGUGGGACAAGGCAAUUAUCAUCAACAGAGAUGGCAGCCGGAACACGGGCUUUAUCGCGGAAACAACGAAUAACAAGUACCGAACAUGGGAUGACCCGACCGGCAAGGGCAAGGGGAAAAGCCACGGAUUAGUUCAUUAG